AUGCGGCGUGUGCGCGUGGCUACAACCAAGCGGACGGACCUUUGGGACUGUGCAAAGGAAAUAAGCCGGUGCCGGGACGAAGGAAAGGUGUAUCUGGACCUCUCUAACAGUCAACUCCACGCCCUGCCCACUAGCAUUCGUGACCUCGGUGCCCACCUCUGCGAACUCUUUCUGUACACCAACAAACUCGUCAGUCUUCCCAAUGAGAUCGGCACGCUAACGCAGUUGACAAAACUGAUGGUGCAGGAGAAUUCAUUGACCUCGCUGCCCGAGAGCCUGGCGGAGUGCACCCACCUGAGCAUUCUCGACGUGCGACACAAUAAGCUCUGUGAGAUCCCUCCCGUUAUCUACCGUCUACCCAACCUGGUAUUGCUCCUGCUUCGCUGCAACCGCAUCCGGGUGGUCGACCGCGACAUUGGGCGUCUGACGAAGCUACAAGUGUUGAGCCUUCGAGAGAACAAGAUCCGAAAUUUGCCCUCAAUCCCAGGCAUCUGCGAGUUGAAACAACUCACUACUCUUGACGUCUCAAAAAAUCAGUUGGAACAUCUUCCUGAGGAAAUUGGUCAAUGCAGAAAUCUUACGGAGAUCAGUCUGCAGAACAAUGAACUAACCUCCUUGCCUGAAUCGAUCGGUGAAUUGGCCCUCCUCGAACGACUCGGUAUCAAAUACAAUCAUUUGGAAGCCCUUCCCGCAUCCCUGGCCAGAUGCUCCCGUCUCUCCGAGCUGAAUAUCGAGAACAAUAACAUUUGUCAACUUCCUGAGGGCCUUCUGGCGAAUUUGAAGAACCUCACCAGUCUCUCGCUUUCCCGAAAUUGCUUCACUGUCUUUCCUUCUGGUGGACCGCAACAGUUCAUCACUGUCCAGGAAAUCAACAUGGAUCACAAUCAGAUUACCAAGAUUCCUUUUGGCAUCUUUUCUCGGGCGUCGAAUCUCGCCAAGUUGAACAUGAAGAACAAUCAACUGGCCGCUCUGCCACCUGACGUUAAGACUUGGACGAGUCUGGUGGAACUCAAUCUGGGUACUAAUCAGCUAACAAAGUUGCCCGAUGACAUUGAUCAUCUGCUGAAUUUGGAGGUGCUCAUUCUCAGCAAUAACCUCUUAAAGCGGAUACCUCCUUCCAUUCAGGAAUUGCGUAAACUCAGGAUUCUCGAUUUGGAGGGGAAUCGCCUCGACUGUUUGCCUACUGAAAUUGGCAACUUGACGGAAUUGCAGCGUCUCAUAAUGCAAUCAAAUAGGCUCACAGUGCUUCCCUCCUCCAUUGGAAAUCUCCAAAAUCUCACCUACUUAACUAUUGGUGAAAAUGACCUACAAAGUCUUACACCUGCAAUAGGGAAAUUGAAGAGCUUGGAGACGCUAUACCUGAACGAUAACUUCAAUCUUCACGACCUGCCAUCGGAGUUGGCAAUGUGCUGCUCUCUGCAAAUCAUGUCUAUUGAGAACUGCCCAUUGUCAAAGAUCCCCGUUGAGGUAGUGUCCGCUGGACCCUCCCUCGUCAUCCAGUUCCACUUAGCGAUUGAGCGUUACCUAGCCAAUUAUAUACCUGCUCAGAGUAUGUACCUUCGUCUACAGAGCUCCUAUGGGCAGGUGUGA